AUGGUGCUGGCAGGUGCACAGCAACCAGGCUCCGAGACUAAACAAAGCAAGUUCCGACGUACAACUCCAGCACACACGAGAGCUUCGACUGAGAACCCUUUCCCAACCUUUUCCCUGGCCAUUACACAUACCCGUAACCAACAAGCAAGGCAAGUAACCAUGGUGUUUCUCAACUUACUGACAUUUGGGUUAUGGGGAAAGCUCGGAAGGUUAACUCACUACGCAUUUGAUGCUGUUCUCAUCUCCACCAUUCUGGCUGGCAUGAAACGAUCCACCGGCUUAACGCCCAGUUUCAAGAAAGAAUCCAUCUCUGAGAACAAAGAUGUCAAUGUGUGGAUUGGAAAAUAUCUGGACGUCGGCGAGUGGGUGAUGGACACUUCGGUUGCAUUAGCUGGGUCGAGCGGAUUUUUCGAAAGGAAACGAUAA